UGGAGCUCGUUUUGGAGCAUUCCCUUUGCUGUCAACCGGAACAAUAGUUCUCACUGCUACAGACUCGAUAUUAAAUAGGAAUAUGCAGGCUCAUCGUCGCGCGGCGGCUAUUCCGCUCCUAUCGGGUGCUGCGAACUACAAAGAGUGGAGCCAAAAGGUGGAGCUGCAGAUGCGUAUUCAAAAGAUAUGGCCAGCAGUGAUCGGACCACCAGUGCCCAUUGAGCACGAACGUGUCGAGACGGAGACGAGGCCAGAUCUGGGGCUGCAGGACUACACAUAUGUUGCUUCGCGCAAACACAUUUACAUUCAGUCUUCCGAAUUGGUGACUCGCAGGGCGAAGUUGUUUUUGUUUAGACUCUUAGACCCCAAGAUUGUUACAGGCGACUUCAUCGACAUGAGCGUACCCUGUCUUUGGCGCGCAUUGAAGCGUCGUUAUGGCCACGUAAAGAGUAGUCCCAAGCGCAAGUUGCGUGCAGUGGAAAUGCAAGAGGUGUGCAAGAAGCCGAUAAUGGGACAUCGUGGCGGUGCUUAAGGGUUAACAAACAGCAUUUCUGGCGGUAAUUUGUUUUGUAUUUUUG